AUGUACUCUAAUAAUAGGAGGAAAUCUGGCAAGAAAUGCGUUUUGGAUACUGAUGUUUCUCCAGUUUUGGAGAAAAGGAUCAGGGAAAAAAUUGUUCAAGACAGAAUUGAGUUAAAAAAUUCAAUUAACGAACACAUUUGUAAAAGAAGAGCAAUAAAAGGUGAGUUCAAGGUAGAUCCUAAAAGCUUGGAUGACGAAUCUUUGAGAGAAAGGAUCCGAGUUCUAGAGAAGAUUAGAGCCAAUUUACUAAGAAUUAUUUCAAUAAAGAUUGAAGCUUAUGCCCAGCUUUUGAAAGAAGCAGACGAUUUAAGACGGAAUAAACUCAGUAAAGACGUAGAACUCGAAAACAAAAACAACGAAAAAAAGGAAAAUGACAUUCUGAAAGAAAAUUUAAAGGAUUUCUUAUCAAAUGUCAAAGAUCUUGUUGAAAAGAUUAAUCAGUACAAGGAAGACUAUGACAAAAAGAAAACAACAAUUUAA